AGCUUUUGAUGUAUGGAAGUUCUCUCGCCGCUAGAUAAGAUUCGUCAAUUCUGUAAUGAAACCCUAUUCUCGGCGUUCAUCCCUCACCUUUGUUCAAUAACUCCUCGUUUUCCUCUCUCUAUCGACAUCCAAUUCGAUUUUCUCCACCAUCUUCUUCAAGAUCGCAGAAAUCGAUUCGUUUCCUCGAAUUCGUGGCUGAAAUCAGGCUUGAGAUUGUGGCGUCUUGAUUAAGCUAGCUUCAAGAUCUAUAUACUAGAACAUGCGGGGAUACGAGGAGUACGAAGAUUUGGAUGAAUAUGAAGAUGAAGAUGAUGAACAAGAAGACGAGGCUGUUGAAUAUGAAGAUGAAGUUCGACAACCCACCAAGGAGGAGUUGGAUUACCUUGAAUUGAGACAACGGUUAAAAGAAUCUAUCAGAAAGCAAAUGAAAAAAGGAUCUGGUUCGACUUCUUCAAAUUCCAGAGAGAAGAAUAAGGCAGCAACCUAUGAUAAUUAUGGAUCUUUCUUUGGCCCUUCACAGCCAGUUAUUGCUCAGAGAGUAAUUCAGGAAAGCAAGUCAUUUCUGGAAAGCCAUAAUCAAGUAGGAAACGACCCAAAACCCAAAAUACAGCAGAAGAGCAAGACAGCCAGUUCUUCCAAUGGAAGACCCAGACCUCCUCAAGGUUCCAUCCGUCCACCAAAGUUGGUAAAUCAGCAAAAAAUGAAAGUUGAAACGCUUAAACAUACAAGAGAUUAUUCUUUCCUAUUAUCCGACGAUGCACAACUUCCAGUUGCUAGUAGAGAGCCUCACCCUAGAAUUCCUUCCGUCCCAAAUUCUGCACGGCCAGCUAAUGUUCUUCCAAAGAGCAGACAACCUUCACAUAACGGUGUAAGUAGGCCAGUUUCAAAUGGUGAUUACAAGAACCGGACACCUUCAUCCAUGAGCAACCGUUUAGAUCCUAGAAUAGGUUCCCAAAAAUCGAAUUCUUCUGUUAAGCAAAAUCAAAUGCCAACCGGUGUUAGAAAACAUGCAGUUAGUAGUAGUGGGAGUGGUCCAAGUAGGCCCAUGGCUCCAAAAGGAGGCUCAUUAUCUUCUAAACCACCAUCAACCAGUGUUGAAAGGAAGAUAAAUUCAGCACCUCUUACAAAGUUGCAUUCAUCUUCUUCAAGGCAAAUUCCUGCACCGAAGCAGAUAAAUGGGGGACAUAGAAAGGAACAAGUGGAUUUGGGAAGGGGAAAGAUUCCAGUCAGACCGACAGUUCUGUCUGCCAGGCCUCAGGUGAGACCGCCUUCAAAUCCUCCUCCCCGUCCAUCCUUACAUGAUGAGCGCAUUAAGAAGAAGCCUGUUGUCAAACAACAGCCAGCCAAACGACGUUUUGAAGAAGAUGAUGAUUACGAAGCUCAAAACAUUAGUGGACUGAUUAGAGGAUUAUUCAAAUAUAAUCCGAAUAAGUAUGGGAACGAUGACGACGAUAGUGAUAUGGAGGCUAAUUAUGAUGACAUAAUGAGGGAAGAAAGAAGAAGUGCAAAGAUUGCUAAGAAAGAAGAUGAAGAAGAACUAAUGAAAAUUGAGGAAGAAGAAAGACGCGAAAGAAUGAGGCGGCUAAAGAAGCGCAAGGUUGGAUAGCCUAGCCAACCAAACAUAUAACAUUCAUUGAUUUCUGGUUUUCUUUCUUUGUGUAAGUUUCUUGUAUUAGAACAGAUAAAAAAGAAGCUAAUUUUCAUAGUGUUCUUUCUUCUUCUUCUUCUUCAACUGUGAAAUAACAUUUUUUCUUUUUGUUAUUCACUCUGUUUGGAAAGACUUCA